GGACUGAAACCACAACAAGAGAACUUCAACGUUCUUAUGGGAUCCAUAUCUUUGUUUACUAACGAGACCUAGUCAAACGCGAAGCUUGGCCGUCCAAUCGUCCGUGCAAUUUGCCAGCUCGUGGCUACAGUAGCGCUCGCCUUCGCGUUACGAUUCACUUGCCCUUUGUGUACCCUCUGCUGGACCAAGGUUACACAUAAUUUCUUUGUCUUCCAGUACUCUAUCUGGUCCCCCAGUAUAUCUUCUACUUUGGCGACAUUGCUGGAGUAUUCUGAGUACACUGGGCGUCGAAAUGAAUACCAGAGUCCUACGCAUUCUGGCACUGCGGGCGCUACCGCUGUUAGUGGUUAUUCUUCUCUUCCUCGUUGUUGCGUGGUUUGCGCUUCCCUCCUCGCCUUAUUUGACUGACGACGGUGUCACAUUCCCCACAUACACUCUCCAAUCAGGCAACGUUCUUACUCGGGUCUACGCCUUAAACGACUUCUUCCCCUUCUGGGACAAUUCACCUCCUGUCGUCCUUGCUCGACGCCACGGUCGGGAAUACUUCAGCCUAGACUUUUCAAUCUCUUCGCCACCCCCCAGUCUCAAGUUUUCACCUUAUCAUAAUGUCUCUCUUGACUUCGGACAACACACACAGGAUGGGAUUAUAACUCUCUCGUCCAAGGAGAUUUACGGCCCAGCUCGAAUGGGAAACCUCGAUGGGAUCAAUGCUCCUUGGUUCCCUGUGGCGGAUGCGACCCUUCUAUUCUGGCAGAUCCAUGAAGAGAGCAUCGAUCUGCCGCUGCGCGUGCGGCAUGGACAGGGUAGAGUCGAGGUCUGGCCAGCUACUGCUCAGUGGGAUCAAAUGACCCCUGGCAAAAAUCCGUCGUACCUCACUCCUCUCCUAACUUUGGAACUUAUACCGUCCGAGCAUGACGACCUUCACAUCAUCGCAACUACACCAAGGCCUCCAAUUUCGUCCUCUCCGUCAUCCACAUACCCAUUACGCGUCGGAAUCCUCAACAUUCUCCUCAUCCUCUACUUUACAUUCAACAUCAUCGGCUACCCCUUCGGCAUCGCCCUCGGUCUCUUAUGGAGCGUAAUCAAGUUCGCCGUCCAAAUAACCGGAUUGCUUGGUCUUCUUCUUUUUGUCAUAUGGUGGUGGAAGGGAAGGCCACCAUUGGAAGAGAUCCAGGAGUCUGUAGCGGGGGUAUUGGGACGAACGACGGAGAUGCUCCACCCUCCGAGCGGACCGUCGUCGUCAGGGGAAAGGAGGCGAAGUGGAGAGCAAGUGAGGAAGACGAGGGUAGCUGGCGAACCUGAUCUGGAGGCAGGGAACCCUCCAUUAGAUGAAUGCGACAUUGGUGUCAAAGGUAGCUCAUAG